AUGGGACCCCCUCGACAUGGAAAUUCAUAUCUACCAUUCGUGGACCUGGUCGCACUAGAAAAAGUGGACGAUACCACCUUCCGCAGCAUCGCUCCUCCCUUUUCUCCUAAUGCCGUUGGUAGAGCGUAUGGUGGCCAUGUAUAUUCACAAGCCGUCUGGGCAGCGGCGCAGACGGUCAAGCCUGGCUUUGUAAUACAUAAUGUCACCGGUUUUUUCAUUCUGGCUGGAAACUCUUCGAUUCCAUUUGUCUACCGAGUUCAAGCUAUCCGCGAUGGCCGGUCGUACUGUACCCGAUUAGUGAACGUUACCCAAGCUGAGGGCGAUGGGAUAUGCUUCACCUGCACUUGUUCUUUUAAACUGGCUGAGGAGAGCCAUUUCGAUGUUCAAGAAAAGAUCGAUCUAGACCGAGAGUAUGGCGCUGUAUUGUCCGGCAAGAAACCAGAAGACUGGGAGGAAUUACCAAGCAUGGAUGUGCCCUGGUACAACGCUCGUCGCAAAGCCACGGGCCAAAAUGAUGAAUUUCCUGGACUUGAAUGUCGCAAGGUAGACAUGACAGCCUACAACAAUUCGCUCUCACCAUUCGACCGCCGGCAGCUCUUUUUCUACCGCACAAUCGGUGAUCUACCGCCAGACCCGAAUAUCCAUGCCUGCGCACACCUGUACGCAUCCGACCGCAAUUCACUCUUCGUAGUAGCCAACCACUUCGAGGUCAGCGAGAAGUUCACUCACAUGGCAAGUUUAAGCCAUACGGUUGUUUUCCACACCCCUGCUUUGCAUAUCAUGACGCAGAGUCAAUCUGAAAAGCACUGGUUUACUCAGGAAGUAUGGACGACGCGAGCAGGUGGCGGACGAGCGACGCACCACAGUCGCAUCAUUGGACCAGGAGGUACGCAUGUGGCUACUAGUUUCCAAGAAGGCAUGAUCAGGGUAGGUCUUGGUGAGAACAAUUACGAGAAGGCGUACAAAAAAUCUCUAGAACGUCUGUAG